CUCGAUCAUGUCUUGGCCCUGAGGGUUGCUGAGCUCAUCAAUGACUACCGGUCUUUACUGAUCAAUACUAUGAACCAUGUUAGGGGCAUGCCGCUACGCGAUGUAAAUUGUUUUGUUUAUACGGUGUCUAUAAAGGGUUAUACAGCUGCCCAACGCUUAUUGUCAGCCAGUUUUGACCUAGACGCGACGUCAAAUUCCUGCAGCUUUGAUUGCAUAGCACAGCUAAAACGCAGGGUUGUACUAGAUGCGAGCGCCCGUCGCCACCAAGCACACAAGGUCUAUCUCAGCAUAGCCGCCGCUAAACGCUGGUUGCUCAACCGUAACUACGUGCUAAGCCAUCCCGAGGCUAGGGAUCUUGAUAAACGGCUACAAGACGUGGAUGUGUUGUUUUACGAAGAGAUUAAUAAUGUUUCCGACCAUCUGGUGGCAUCUGACUUGCGUGCUGCCGACAUAAGGAGUGGAUACUGCGUCGACGAGGAUCCUCCUCUAGAAGUAAUCACAAGUUGGAUCCGGUCGCAUUAUUAA